UGGCCAGGCUAUUUCCUGAACUAUGGUUUUAAGUUGACCAGCCGACCACCCUGACGCUUCCGGAAUCCCAAUGCCACCGUCAAGCCUUUGAUCCAAAUGCCGUUGCAGGCCGCCAAUGUCCAGGAGCAGCAGUCUCCUCCGGUGGCUUCAUAUCCGACACCGGCCACUCCGGUGGCUGUUCAGCAGCCAUCGACUCCUGUCCCCGUUCCAAGUGCCGAACUCGUCCGUCCAACAGCAAAAUCCGGAUGCGGACGCCAUCGCCUCGAAGCUGGCCUUGCCAGUUAUCAUCAAGGAGGAGCCGAUCUCUGUCGACGAUGAACCGUCCGUCGACAUUAUAGAGGACAAUACCAGUGCCAGCGGCAUCGGGGCAAGAUCCCAUUUAAAAAGAUCUUCCAAAAGCGGAAGAAGUCGUCUGAACGCACUCGGACAAGAAGCUGCGACGGAAUCGCCAGCUGCGCAAGUCCAUGCUCCCCAAAAACGCUCUGAUGGCCCUCAACGAGGUUAAGGGCGUGACCA